AUGGGCAACUUCUACCCCUGUAUCCUGGAAAUGCUCUCCCUGCUCGAUGCCACUCGCCAGCUCGCCCAGGACAUCGCCGAGAAGAUCCAGGAGCGGAACCGGUGCCAGCGGAGCGGGGAGAGCUCAGCCAAGAUCAAUGUGGCCAUCAGAUCAUCACUGCAGAAUCUCAGGGAGAAGAUUGAUCAGCUGAAGGAGUUGCUGCUUCGGGCGGUGUCAACCCGCCAAAUUACACAGCUGGAGGGAGACAGGAGGCAGAAUUUGGUGGACGACCUUCUCACACGACAUAAACAACUUGAGGCAUCUUACAAGAAUGAAGGCCCAGAACCAGAUAUGACAAGAUCCAGCCUAAUGACAGGAGGGGUCAAACGAGGUGUCACCAACCCGUGGCUCUUGGAAGAACCGGAGGAAACCAGAGGGCUUGGCUUUGAUGAUCUCAGGCAGCAGCAGAGAAGGAUCAUAGAAGAACAAGAUGCAGGACUGGAUGCUCUUUCUUCAAUCAUAUCACGGCAAAAGCAAAUGGGACAGGAAAUUGGGAAUGAGCUGGAUGAACAGAAUGAGAUCAUCGACGACCUCACUAACCUGGUGGAAAACACGGACGACAGGCUCCGCAACCAGACCCGGCACGUGAAGAUGGUGGACAAGAAAUCAACCUCCUGUGGAAUGCUGGUGGUGAUCGUGCUGCUGCUCAUCGCCAUCGUCGUGGUCGCUGUCUGGCCAAUUAACUAACACAGAUCCAGGGCUGGUGGGAGCAGCUGCUCCACACCGAGCACAAGGACUCCAGAGAACAGCCUGACUGUGUGCAGAGACCUUCUGUGUUGGAAAUAACCUCAGCAGUACCAGACCGAAGCCGUGUCCGCCAGACAUCCGCUCUCCUUCGGCGCGCAGCUGAGCAGAGCUGUGUGAUUUGGAGGAUUUCAACGGGAAAAGGGCUCUCUUCCCACCUUCCUCUGGCACUCAGGCAGCAGCAGCUGUACAGUGGAUACAUCUCUCCUGCAUCUGUGUCUGAGGAUGUGCUGGUGCCACCUGCCCACCUGCCACCACUUCUGCUGAGCUCAGUCGUCCCGAGGGCUUUAAAAUACUGAAAGGCAGGAGUGGUUUGGAGUGCUGUGACAUUCCUCUGCUUCCUGAUACCUUCCUUCAGAAGGAAAAUGCUUAACGUUUUUCAAGGAAUAGUCUUGGGGAAUGGCUGCACCUGGUUUCUCACAGGGUGGAAUGUGAGAGCCCACAGAGCCCUUUGGGAGGGGCAGGACCCCCAUGGGCUGCACGGAAUCGCUGGUGAGUCAGAC